GGUAUACUGAAUUUUUAUUUUUAAAAAUCAUAAAAAACACCAAUUUUUAUUCUUCGUUGCGAACACUUAUUGCUUACGAGAUUUAUAAAUAGUUUACUUCGAAAAAUUCCUCCUAUAGAAAUUCUUUUUUAUUAUUAUCUGUCAUCGACUUCUAUUAAGAUUAAACAAAGAAUGAUGUUAUUUGAAAAGAUCGUUUUUGAGAAGAGUUUAAUCAACAUUUGUAAUUAUAUAUUUUUAAUGCACUUCAACUUGGUUGGAACAAAGCCUGAUUCCAAGAAUUGUAGACAUGGCUGACUCAAAGGUAACUAAACAUUAUUCUAAUUCGAGGAAUUUUCCUUUAACACGAGUCAGGCACUGAUCGCAAUAUUAUUGGUUAUUAUCGUACCCCACUAGAAAACUGUGAUCCUCCCAAGUGAAUUAGGAAGGAAUUUUCUAAAGACACGAAUUUCUGUUGGGAACUAGAGUCUAAUUAUCUCUCGUUGUGAACACGUCGUAAUUUGACCGCUGAAUACGAUAAAUAGAUAGUUUGUAAUAACGUGCAUACACGUUAGUCAUCACUGAAAAAAAUACUGUGCAUUGCUGGUAAAUUGGAGAGUGCGAACAAUAAGUCACUUGUCAAACCAAAUGUAAUAUACACUGACAUAUGUUAUUGGUAAUAAUUAAUAAAUGUGAUAAUUAAUUCAGCCAAUUAUAAGAAAGAUAUAUUAUAAUAUAUAAGAUUAUUAUAAGAAAAUUAUAAAAAUUGAUUCGAUUAUAUAUUUGUGUAGGCUGACUUAUCUCACUAGAUUCUAUAUUAUUUUCCGGGUACCAACUUACAAACAAGGCACGUAUUUUUGGAUGCAUUUAAUAUCAUCAUAGAAAUAUAAUUGAACAAAAAAUAUUAAACAUUAUCAAAAGUUUUAAUUGCUGGUUUGAUUAUUUAUGAAAACACAUGAUGAAUAAAUUAAUGUGGUUGUGUUUUUUAUUACAAUUGUGGUGUAUAAUAUGUGCAUCUCAAAAAACAGAUUUAGAUUCACCUAUAAAUUUAGAAAUACUUCGUCUAUUUCGUUAUUGGAUUACACGAAAUAUCGGUAUAAACGAAAGACAUGUAGCGAAAUUUGAAGGAAAAAUUCAAGAAGAAAUUUCAGCAAAUGUUCCAUUUCCUUGUAAUUUGACAGAUAGUAGAUCUGCUAUUGUUCCCAAUUCAGUUCAUCGUUUGAGACCAGGAGACAUAGAUGUUAUUGCUGCGAUGGGUGAUUCUUUGACAGCUGGUGUUGGAAUUUUUGCAACUAAUUUAAUAGAAUUAUAUAUUGAAAAUAGAGGCGCAUCAUUUAGUAUUGGUGGUGAAGGAACUUGGCGAACAUAUCUAACACUUCCAAAUAUUUUCAAAGAAUUCAAUCCCAAAUUAAUAGGCUAUGCACUUAAAGAUGGUCAAACUUCUGAACUAUUUGCAUCGCAAUUAAAUGUCGCUGAGAUUGGUGCAAUAUCUAGAGAUAUACCAUUCAUGGCAAAAUAUCUAAUCAUUAGAAUGAAACAUGAUACAAGAAUAGAUAUUAACAAACAUUGGAAGUUCAUUUCGUUGAUGAUAGGAGCCAAUGAUUUUUGUAUUAACAUAUGUGCAGUUUUUUCUCCGUGGUCCAUUUUAGAAAAGCACAGAAUCGAUUUAAUUAAUACUUUUCGAAUAUUAAGAGAUAAUUUACCACGUACUUUGGUAUCACUUAUAAUAUUGCCGAAUUUAAAGGAAAGCAUUCUUGCCUCUGAAAAAAAAAAUUCAUUAAAAUGCUAUAUAAUGUCCAUUUUACAAUGUCCAUGUUUACAUGCUUUGCAAUUCCGAAGUCAAAGAGAAGAAUAUUUUGAAAUAAUGAAGAGGUGGCAAAAAAUAGAAGAAGAAGUUGCCAAUUAUUCAGAAUUUAACAGAAAUGAUUUUACUGUUAUUGUUUCACCAGGCAUUAGUAAUUCUAAGAUUCCGCUUACUAAGAAUGGAUUUAUUGAUUUAUCGUAUCUUUCUGCAGAUUGUUUCCACAUAAGUCAAAAAAGUAAUGCGUUAAGUGCAAAUAGUUUAUGGAAUAAUCUGUUACAACCAAUUGGUAACAAGACUACUUUUUUGACUUCAUUAUUUAAAACAUUUUUAUGCCCUACUUCCAAAAGGCCAUAUUUGAUUACACGUGAAAAUUCAUAAGAAAAUUAAAAAAUUAAAAAUAUUUAUACAAAGUUUAUAUAUAUGUAAAAUAUUAUGAAAACAUUAUAAAUGUUUAUGUAUAAUAAAUAUAUAAGCAGUAUUUAACAUUUAUAUAUAAAAUAAUAUAUAAAAUAUACAUGAAAUACAAAUAUACGUAUAUUAGAAAUAAUUAUGUUAUACCAAUUAGUAAUAAAACUAUUUUUUGAAUUCCAAUAUUUGAAUUAUUUCUUUGUUUUAUUUUUGAAAGACUAUAUUUGAUAUAUGAAAAUUCAUAAAAAAAUUAUAAAUUACUUUGUACAUAAUCUAACAAUAUUGUAAAAAUAUUGUAAUAUAAUAUGUAAAAAUAAAAGUUUUAUUGCUGAAA